AUGGCGCCGAACCCCAGUUGUCUCUGUACGAUACAUUGGGUCAUGCCCUACCUUCGCCGCGCGGAAAGGAUCCGAUUGACGCUGCCGUCCACCGACGAAUGGGGUCUACGUUCUCCCGCGAGGUAUUUCAUCGACGCCUUUCGUCGCGACGGAGCGCCCAAGCUUCAAGAACUCGACGUUCGUUGCGACUGGGCGGUCAUCCAUAGGGAGGAUAGAACGAAGACCAUCAUGGACUCACCUACCGUCAAGCGAGUCAAGAGUCAGAAUUUUCCUCUCGUGGUCAAGGGCUGCAAUCUCGUCGAGUUGCAUAUCGCAUGCGAGGAGGACGAUUUCACCUGGAAACAUUCCGACAUAUGUCAAAUCUUGCGCGAUUGUCCACAACUUCGGAUCCUGGUGCUGCUGGCGGCAUGUUCUCCCCGUCUAUCCGAAUGGAAUCAUCAACAAGAGGAUACCAUAACGUUGACGCAUCUUUCGCGUCUGCACAUCCGAGAUACAUUCGAUGUCUGGACUAUACUUCGCAGACUCAUGAGCACGCCGAAGCUAGCGCAGGUCCAUGUGGACGUCAUCUCGCAGAGCAUGGGAGGCGACGUCGACGAAGAUUUAACGACCUUUUCAACCGAGUGCAUGGUUUUCGCCGAGUUUGCAGCUGCCUUGUGCCCCAAGAAGCUUAUCACCCACGGGAGUCUCGUUUCGUCAUUUCAUUUCCAACGCGACGUCGACGAGAAGCGGGGAGGAUCGCCCUUGCUCAAUUGGCCGGAAUACAUGACGCUUUCCCUCGCCAUUGACGCGGAUCAUAUCCUCAACGGCGCACCGCGCGACGCUGAACUCUAUACGUUCACCAUGCGAUCCGCCAUGACCUCCACAAAACCCUACCGUCUCCAUCGUCGCGCGAGACGUACACCCCAUCAGCCUGCCGAUGUCGUCUUUAUGAAAUACUGGGUGGCGGCUUUGCAGUCUCUACAGCUGUCCAGCCUCUCAACUUCGCGUCUCCUGAGCGACCGAAUAGACACGCUGGUGGUCAACGUCGAUGACUUCUCCCCCAGUCCUAUCGACUGGCACGCAUUACUGGUGGAAACUUCGAACCUGACAACGCUGUAUCUGCCCGGCGUUGACAUCGACGGACCCGGAUUGCGCUGUCUCACUCAGGCGUUGGGUCAGUAUAUGCAAGGGAGCUUCAUACCCGCAGACGAAUUGAUUAGGGUCUAUCUCCCUCAUUGGAAAUUUGCCCAAGGGGCUAUUCCCGUGAGGUCGCUCGAACGGGACUAUCGUAAAAUACGGCGGGGUUGCUCUCGGCCCAUCGUCUGGAGUUCUUGA